AUGGUUGAGAUGAAGUUAGCAAAGGCGCGAACAUCAAUCCCCAAUAAUCUCUGGGAACCCGAACUACUGAACGAAUCGUACAAGGAGGACGGCAAGCGAAGUCUUUGGGUAGAUUACUGCACCAAUAGCACGAUCCAUGGAUUUAAGUAUUUGGUCGGCAAUAGACUCGUGAAUUGCAGAGUCUGGUGGAUAAUUGUUUGUCUACUAUCACUGUACGGUUGCGGUAGUUUGAUACACAGUGUCUACAGGAAAUGGGAUCGAGAACCUGUUGUAGUGACAUUUGCGGAGAAACCGUCACCGGUGUUUACCAUCCCUUUCCCAGCUGUGACAAUCUGUCCGGAAACGAAAGCACGCAAGAAGGAUCUUGACUUUACCAAAGCCUAUCAGCUGUACAAUGAUGAAGAGCUGUGGCAAUUUAUGGCGGAUGAGCAAAUAGCGAAGCUAGAGGCUCUUCUGCAGGUGUGUGACUUUUCGUUUGGAAUAGAGAUGAACAACGACUCGUAUGCAGAUAACGUGGUGGAAUAUCUGGAGAGGCUAGCCAUUCCGUUUGAAGACAUCUUUCUGACGUGUGGUUGGAGGGAACACGUGGUCAAUUGUAAAGAUUUCUUCAAGCAAACCCUUACGGAAGCCGGAAUAUGUUACACGUUCAAUUCGCUAGCAGUGGACGAUCUUAUGAGACGCGAACAGCUACACUCCGAGUACGAGUACAUGGCGGAAAAUGAAACGUCAAAGCAGUGGAACAUGGAUGAGGGGUACAGCAGCAGAGCAGGAGGGGAAACGUAUCCGAGACGAGCAUUUGGUGCGGGAAGAAGAGCCGGAAUGUUCGUCAUCUUGAAAGUCCAGAAAUACGAUAUGGAUUAUCUGUGCGGAGUAUGUAUCUUCAACUGA